AUGUGUGACUUCCCUGGGCACUUCAUAUCCAAGCUCGGCGAGCGCGCCUUGCCAUUCUUCAGGCGGAUGAAGAGAAAGGGUUCCUUUGAGUGGACCUCGGAAGCAGAGGCAACCAUUGAAGACCUCAAGAGGUACCUCACGAGCCCGCCCAUCAUGGUGGCGCCCCGCUUCCGCGAGCCCUUGGUGCUCUGCUUGCUGGCCACCUCGCAUUUCGCCAUCGCGACACUCGUAGCAGUCCGGGAGGAGCGCGUCAGCACCCAAGGGAGGCCCGACAGCCCAUGCGAGGCCAUGGGGCCCCUCGAGCCCUCGACACCGCAGGGCGGUGUUCCCAAGCCCCCCGCCCUUCCGUUUCCUGGGGAGGCGUCCGGGCCCCUCGCGCCCCGUAGGAAACAGGCCGCCGUCGACGCCCCACGCCUCGUGGAGCACCUGGUGUACUUCGUCAGCACAGUGUUGCGGGAUGCGCGAGCGUGCUACGCUAUGCAGCAGAAGCUCCUCCUUGCACUCCUAGUCGCUUCAAGGAAGUUGCGCCAUUACUUCCAAGGCCAUCCUAUCAAGGUUGUCUCCGCAUACCACCUGGAGAAGAACAUCGAGCUGCAAGCCUUCCAGCUAGAAUUCUGUACGACCAGGGUCAUCAAGGGGGCGACGCUUGCCGACUUCGUGGCGGAGUGGACGGAUACACAUGACUGGGAGCUGCGUGAGGACCAGUCCCUCAAGCCCGGCGAUGAGGCGCCCAAUGGUUGGGUCACGCACUUUGACGGAGCCUUCGCACGACAGGGCGCGGGAGCCGGGGUCUUGCUCGUCUCCCUAACCAAGGACAAGCUCUGCUACGCCGUUCAACUUUGCUUCCACCACAGUGAGAAGGUCUCCAAUACAAUUGCAGAGUACGAGGGCCUAAUCGCCGGGCUCAAGGCCAAGGCCGCUCUAGGUGUCAAGCGCCUCACCAUCAAAGGCGAUUGCCAGCUCCUCCACGUCUCGCGUGGAGCGAACAAGGAAGCCGACGACGUCGCCAAGCAGGCAUCUCGCCGCGAGCCUCAAAACCCUGGCGUCUUCGAAGAGAGGCUCUUCAAGCCAUCAGCUACACCCUCGACGGCUGGCACGACGCUGCUCCUGGAGGAGCUACCGCCUGCACCAGCCGUGGGCGCCCCGGCCUGCGGCUCGACCUCAGGAGCCCAUCUGCUCCUGGCAAUGGAGGCUCAGGCAGGCAGCUGGGUCGAGGAGCUCAAGGCCUAUCUGCUCCGCGACACCCUGCCAGAAAAGGACGCGGAAGCAAAGCGCAUGGCUCGGCAGGCCAUUGCUUACUGCUUGAGGGACGACGAGCGGUACCACAAGCGCCCUAACAACGUCUCACUAAGGUGCAUAUUGGAGGACCAAGGGCGCGAACUGUUGGCCGACAUCCACGGGGGAGGUUGUAGGCAUCACUCUUCAUCGCGUACUCUUGUGGGUAAGGCGUUCCGCAGUGGGUUCUAUUGUCCUACGGCACUCCACGACGCUACUGAGCUGGUCCGGUCCUGCGAGGCCUGCCAGUUCCAGGCCAAGCAGAUUCACCAGCCAGCGCAGAGGCUCCAGACGAUCCCACUCUCGUGGCCCUUCGUAGUCUGGGGGCUGGACAUACUCGGCACAUUCCCUCGGGUGGCCGGCGGCUACCAUUACCUCUACGUUGCCAUCGACAAGUUUACCAAGUGGGCAGAGGUGGAGCCUGUGCGCACCAUACCUGCACGCUCGGCCAUCAAGUUCAUCAAGGGCCUUGUGAGCCGGUUUGGCGUGCCCAACCGCAUCAUCACCGAUAACCGUUCCCAGUUUACAAGCAACCUCUUCAGGGGCCUCAAGACCAGGAGUUUCAAUAAGAAGCUUGAGGCCUGCGGCAAGGGCUGGCUAGACGAGUUGUUGUCCGUGUUGUGGUUCAUCCACACCACCGCGACCAAGCCCACCGGCAAGACUCCCUUCUUCCUCGUCUAUGGGGUCGAGGCAGUCCUCCCGUCUGAGAUUAAGCAUGGUUCCCCGCGGGUCCUGGCAUUCGACGAGGCGUGCCAGGAUGCCUCGCGGGAAACUGAUCAAGUGCUCGAUGAGGAGGCCCGCCGCUAG